AUGAUUCAGCAUUUUUUUAUACUACUGCUUUACUUUUUAAAGUGCAGCUCAGAUAAUGCAGACAUCGAGUCUCAGAAUCAUCUGAAGAUUGUUCAAGCAGGAGACAGUGUUAACUUCACCUGUACUUUUCCAAAAGAGUCAAGAACCACUGUUGCUUUGGUCAAACAAAGAGCUGGAGAGAAACCCCUUUUAAUCACUUUGUCAUAUCAAGGUUUACCUGCCGUCUUUGAAAAUGACUUUAACAAACAUAAUCGCUUUUUUGUAGAAAAAGAUGACAGCCGUUUUAAUCUGAGCAUCACAAAUGCAAAAGAAUCGGACACUGCAACAUACUAUUGUGUUAAAUAUAUAUAUCAGUUCAUAUUUGGGGAAGGCACUGAUCUCAUUGUUAAAGGCAGACGACUAAACAUGCACUCUGAUGAUCAGACAACUGUGAUAGAUCCAGUGCAUCCAGAAGACUCUGCAGUGGCGCUGCAGUGCACUGUCCUCACUCAGAGCUGUGCAGGAGAACACAACGUCUACUGGUUCAGACGUGAAUCUGGAGAAUAUCCUCCAGGAAUUAUAUUCACUCAGGAGCGCAGGAACGCUCAAUGUGAGAGGAGCUCUGAUGUGAACUCUACUGCACAUAAAUGUAUCUACAGCCUACCCAAGAGAAACCUCAGUCACUCUGAUGCUGGGAUUUACUACUGCGCUGUGGCCGCAUGUGGACAGAUACUGUUUGGAGAUGCACGAAAACCUGAUUUACCUAGACCAGAUACACCAUGGACCACAAUUACCCUAGUUUUAGCAUCUUCAAACUGUUUAUCUGUGAUUGUGAUCAUAAUUCUGGGUGCAAAGUUGCACAAGCACCGGCAAAAAGAUGAAAUCCCCUACAUUGUGCUGGAUAAAUCAAUGGGUGAUGUCACCACUACUGUAAAUUAUACAAUGUUUCACAAGCGUCUUUAA